AUGUUCCAAAUACUAUCGACAAUUCUACCUGAAACACGAAGAGUGAAAGUCUGCUCUAGAGAUAUCUCUAUCUGCUUCAUCCGUGUCACCGGUGGAGCUGCCGUAUUCAUCGGCAGUGUCCUAGCCGGAAACUUCCAAUGGACGGCGGGUGUCGGUGGCGGAGGUGUUGGUUGUGCAGUCGAACCGCAUGGGUGCACGUUUGAUUUCAAGGCCAUGGGGAGAGAGGCCAUAGCAAAUGCCAAACCUGUGAUCAAAGCGGCGAAGUUGGAGAAGAUAUGA